UUACUAAUCAUCUUCUCAUAACAAGUUUUUCCAAUGCAAUUAUUUUUCUUCUGAUGCAGGAAUGGAGGGUGAGAAUAUAAUCCAUGGUUCACCAAAAAAUGCAGAAGAUGAAACAAAAUCAUUUCCUUGCUUAUACUGCUCAAGAAAAUUCCACAGUUCACAAGCUUUAGGAGGCCAUCAAAAUGCUCACAAGAAAGAGAGAAAUGCAGCGAGAAAGAACAAAAGGGCUUCUGAAUACAAUUUUCCUUCACUCUCUGUGUCACCACCAUUACUAUUUUCUCCAAACUAUCCCAUUGGAAUUUUGAGCCCUUCUGCCUAUAUUACUGCUCAUGGUGCCACUCUUUGCCAAUUCCAGAACGAACAGUUUGGAUCAUCUGGGGCUGCCUCGCGAAUCCAAAAUGACGUAAUAAAUCGCAGUAACUAUUUGAAUAAUGUGUAUCAAAGUGAAUCAGAUGAUCAGAGCUUCAAGAAUUGGCAAAGGAGUGUAAGAUGCAAUGGAUUUAGUGAAGAAUUAUCAAAACAGACUAUUAAUCAAAGUAUUAGGGGUGCUGAGGAGAGAGCAAAUGAUCAGAAGAAUCUUGAUUUGUCUCUUCAUUUAUAGACAAACAAGGAUUUUUUGUUAGAUUUCCAUUGCACUUAACAAUGGCAGAACCUUUUUUGUUCCUAA